AUGGGAUGUGUUGGCCCCAAGUCCGUCAUCGAGGUCCGUGACGGCAUGUCCUUCCUCGAUCUCUCCGUUCGCCAGAUCGAAUUCUUGAACGAGACGUACAAAGUCAACGUUCCCUUCCUUCUCAUGAACUCUUUCAACACAAACGAUGAUACCGCCAACAUCAUCAAGAAAUACGAUGGCCACGGUGUCGAGAUCAUCCCCUUCAACCAGUCCCGAUAUCCCCGAAUCUACAAGGACUCGCUACUCCCCGUCCCCAAGGACUUUGACUCAUCCAUCAGCGACUGGUACCCUCCGGGCCACGGUGACGUCUUCGAGUCUCUCUACAACUCUGGCGUUCUUGAGAAGCUUCUCGAGAGGGGUAUCGAGAUCAUCUUCCUUUCCAACGUCGACAACCUUGGAGCCGUUGUCGACCUGAGGAUUCUUCAGCACAUGGUGGAGACUGAAGCUGAGUACAUUAUGGAGCUAACCAACAAGACCAAGGCUGAUGUUAAGGGUGGUACCAUCAUUGACUACGAGGGCUCUGUUCGCCUCUUGGAGAUUGCGCAAGUCCCCAAGGAGCACGUCAACGAGUUCAAGUCGAUCAAGAAGUUCCGAUACUUCAACACCAACAACAUUUGGCUAAACCUCAAGGCUAUCAAGCGCGUCGUUGAAAACGAUGAGCUCGAGCUCGAGAUUAUUCCCAACGGAAAGAGCAUUCAGAAGGGUGAUUCGGACAUUUCCAUUCUGCAGCUGGAGACUGCCGUCGGCGCUGCCAUUCGUCAUUUCCGCAAUGCUCAUGGUGUGAACGUCCCUCGCCGCCGCUUCCUUCCCGUCAAGACCUGCUCCGACCUCAUGCUCGUCAAGUCUGAUCUUUACACCGUCAAGCACGGCCAACUCCAACAAAACCCUGCCCGAUUCGGUGACGCCCCUCUGAUCAAGCUCGGCCCUCACUUCAAGAAGGUCUCCGAUUUCCAGAAGCACAUCCCCUCCAUUCCGAAAAUCAUUGAGCUGGACCACCUCACCAUUACAGGCGCCGUCAACCUGGCGCGUGGCGUGACCCUUAAGGGCACCGUUAUUAUCGUCGCCAAUGAGGGAAGCACAAUUGAUAUUCCUCCUGGCUCCAUCCUUGAGAAUGUCGUUGUUCAGGAAGCUUGCGCCUACUCGAACACUAAGCGAGCCCAUUCUUGUUUGAUAUCUUCCCCUGCGGUCUUUUCUAGGUAG